GAUGUAGGAGGCAGGACAGAGAUGUAAAAAAAAGUUGUUGAACACUGUAACAAAACAGGCAGAGCUUUGAGCCAUGUCAUUGGCUAAGAGGAGUUGAACAGGAAAAUGCUUGAAUGCAAUGGCUCUUGAGGUCAGGGCAGAGUCUGGUAUAAAUGUAGACCUAUUGCUACGGACAAUACUUUUACUGACUUGACCACAGCGCGUGCAUGGUUACCCAUCAUCACUCACCUCUACAGGGACAGUAUGAGCGCUUCCGUGGCCGUGUACAGGAAUAUUUACACGGAGGACCGCUUCAAACAGGCCUAUGGCUCCGAUGAUAGCAGGAGUGGAAGUUUGCGGUUGCGGGAGAAGCUCGCCGGGAGGUGCAGGUGCUCAAAGCGAGCGUGCCUCCACCUGUUGAAGGAGAGGGUCCCUAUUUUCAGCUGGCUGCCGAGAUACAGACUCAAGAAAUGGAUUUUAGGAGAUACUAUAGCCGGACUGACAGUUGGUAUUCUUCACAUUCCGCAAGGUAAGACAGUCAGUAAAACCCAAAUUUAUGAAUUUAUCAAGGUUUGGAAUUUUACAACAAACGACACAAACAAGGCAAGAUAAGACCGUCUUUUGUAUUUUAAUGUUAUUUAGUAAUUAGAAAUAAUUAAUUUAGUAUUUAGAAAUAAUCAUUUUACUGCUGCUAAAAAUAAUAGUAAGCAUAAAAACAACAUAAAUAUUCUAUAAAUAGUAGAUGACAUGAGAAACGAGAUUCCAGACUAAUGAAUUUCCCCUAUUUGGAUCAGUAAAGUUCUUGUCACGUAUAGUACUGCAAUGUAUAAGAGUACAACAUGAUUAUUGUUUUAAAAAGUGAUUGGCUAUAUUAUUCAAGAAUUUUAGCAUACAUUGUAAGGCCACAGUAUAUCAGAUUUAUUCAAGAGAACACUGAUUUACACAAACAUAAAGCCAUUUUUUUAUUGACAAUAAUGUAGAUUUGUCUGUUGUUUUAGUCACACCCUUUUAUGCACAUAAAAAACACACUUUUCAAUUCUAUUCUACACAGGGAUUGGCAGAAAGUAUGUAUAACAACUAAAUUUGUCCUUUGAAACAGGCAUGGCCUUUGCUUUGCUCACAUCUGUGGCUCCAAUAUUUGGCCUCUACACCUCCUUCUUCCCCGUGGUCCUCUACAUGUUUUUUGGCACAGGUCGACAUGUGUCCACAGGUGAGACGUAUAUCAUGCUGCUUUCAUCUCAGCCUUUUUUUUUUUUUAAAUCACAACUGCUUUAUUUAUUAUUUCUUUGCCAAUUGAGAAGUGUAUAAAUGGUUAAAUUAUCUAAUUCAUGCACAAUUAACAGUUUUGAGGGUUAGUUAUUCAUGUUUUUUACUGUUACUGAGAUGAUCUGUCUAUUCACAGGUACCUUUGCAGUGGUGAGUCUGAUGACGGGCUCUGUGGUGGAGCAGCUGGUACCCACUCCUCUGGAGAUGAACUCCAGCUCCCCUGAAGCAGCAGAUUUUGAGGGCCAGAGGAUUGGUGUGGCUUCUGCUGUGGCACUGCUCUCAGGAAUUAUUAUGGUGAGAAAGAUGGACCGAUUUUUUGAUUGAACACAAAGUUAAAUCAAAUGUUGACUCAAUAAAUGCAGACUGGAUCCCCUGGUUUAGAUCAUGAUUCAGUCUCUUGUUCCCCAGCUGUGUAUGUGUGGCCUUCAGCUGGGGUUCCUCUCCACCUAUCUGUCUGAGCCGAUAGUGAAGGCCUUCACUAGUGCUGCUGCCUUCCAUGUCACCAUCUCACAGCUGCAAAGCAUGCUGGGACUGCGGCUCCCACGCCACACUGGGACUUUCUCCCUCUUCAAGGUGAGCAGUGUUCAUAUCUUGACAACCCUUAAAAAAAUGCUCUUAUUUUGGCACUUCUUGUUGUUCACAUAUAGCUCACUGUUUCCUGUGUUCAGACUUUAGCGUCAGUGAUGGAGAACCUGCCAGACACAAACAUGGCAGAGCUGCUCAUCUCUGUGGUGUGUUUGGCCAUCCUUGUGCCUGUUAAAGAGGUCAAUAUGCGUUACCGUCAGCGCCUGCGGACACCUAUACCUGUGGAGAUCCUCACGGUAAGUCAACUAGAUUUAUAAAUGCUAGUGGAGGCAUUUACAAGAUAAUCAAAAGGUUAAAAGUCAUGCUUUUACUCUCUAUUCUUCAGGUGAUCAUUGCUACAGGUGUGGCUUAUGCCACUUCCCUGGACUCUACCUAUGGAAUUGAGAUAGUGGGCCACAUCCCAGCCGGGUAAUCUUCCACAUUUGAACAUAAAUCAAAGUGCUGAAGCAGUUCAAAGUAUUUUCUGCUCAUCUAUUAUUUUUCUUCUCAGAUUCCCCAGGCCACAAAUGCCAGCUUUGCACACUUUCCCCGACAUAGCUGGUGACACAAUAGCAAUCACAUUUGUUGGUUAUGCUGUGUCGGUGUCACUGGCAAUGAUCUAUGCAGACAAACAUGGUUACUCCAUCCAUCCCAAUCAGGUAAAGUGUCUAAUUAUGGUAAUGGUAAAUGGACUGUGUUUUAUGAAUAUUAUGUGUCAAAGUACUCAAAGUAAAUCAUUUUUACAUUGCGUAUUUCAUUCAUCCAUUUACACCCCAACCAUACGCUGAUGACAGCUUGGCGUCAAACCUCCAACCAUCUGAACCACAGCAAAGAUGUUUGGUUUAACACUGAUCAUUAACUUCUUGUGCUGAAUCUGUGUCUGAUUUUAGGAGCUCCUGGCUCAUGGCAUCUCCAACACGGUAUCAUCGUUCUUCACCUGCUUCCCCAGCUCAGCCACUUUAGCCACCACCAACAUACUGGAGAGUGCUGGUGGAUACACACAGGUAGUGUAUGAAUUUGUUCAUGAUGCAGUAAUGUACAGAUAUGUAUCAUUUUAUAGUAUCCGUGCACCAUCUAUUGUUUAACAAUUGCAAAAUGAUAAAAAAUUGGGGUUUUUUAAACUAUAGUAUUACCCACAUAAAAGUAGCAAAUAGGACCUAAAAUCAAAGGUAGAAUAUAUGUUCAACUAUUUAAAGGAUUUGAUUGCAAACUAAACUUCUAGUAAAAGUGACAAAAAGCCACAGCUUUGAUGCAAAAUUUCUUUUUUUUUUAACUUUAUUUGACACCACUUGGUAAUAGUCAUCAUAGUGUAAUCACUUCCAGAGACACCCAUCUUUACAGCGUCAACCAAACAAAAAGGAUUUCUAAGAGGCAUUUUCAAAGACGUCCUCAAAUCUUGUCUUAAGAAGCCGCAUAUGAAGUGUUAUCUGGACCAUUUUAAAGAUUUUAAAUCUAUAUUCAUAGCCAUCUAUGGAUGAAGCUAUUUCACUGUUACUGCCACUGUGCAGCACUUUCUAAACACUUGCAGAUUAUCAAUGAAGGAUGUGUAUUCUGUAUUCUUGCAGCUCUCUGGCUUGUUCACAAGUCUGGUUGUUCUGAUAGUCUUGCUGCUGAUUGGACCGCUGUUCCACUUUCUACCCAAGGUGAGUAUCUUGGAGUGUAUCUCUGCAAGCAUAAGAGAGUGAAUAAAACAGAAAAGCCCUCAUCUUUUUUUCUUUUCCUGUCUCUCCAGGCGGUGCUGGCAUGCAUCAAUGUGACCAGCCUCAGGCAAAUGUUCCUACAGUUCCAGGACUUACCUGAGCUGUGGAGAAUCAGCAAGAUCGACUUUGUAAGAUCAAUGAUUGGUUUAGCAACAUAAGGCAUUGAAGUAAAGAUAUUUUAAAAUCACCUUUAUCCAUGAUAAGAACUUGGCUGGUAUCACCAUAGUUUUAAUACCUUCAUUGUUAACAGUCAUAUCCUGAUGUGAUUAGAUGGUAUUGUCUCUGUGCAGAUGGUUUGGGUGGUUACCUGGCUGUCUGUGGUGAUACUGAACGUCGACCUUGGCCUUGCCAUCGGGGUGGUUUUCUCCAUGAUGACCGUCAUCUGCCGCACACAAAGGUACAUUUCCUGUCAGUUUGGCACAAAUACAUCCAUGCAAACCUAUUUUUGCACUGGCCUUAUUCUGUAUAAAAGACAUGCUGUACACAUUAAACAGUUUACACAUGAAAUUAGGUAAUCAGACUGAUCUGCAGCAAGAGCUCUGUCAUAGAUGUCCUAUAGGAUUGAUUAAUUAUAUUUCUUUUUUAUAUUGGAGCUUGAAACAUAGAGAUACAGACAAUUGACUCAUAUCUGUGGUAAUGUAUUGCUUUAUGUUGUAUUAAUACCAAUACCUCAUUAUCCAAAAGGGCUAGUUGUUCAGUGCUCGGUCGGGCCAGCAACACAGAAAUCUACAGACCCCUUGAGAACCACAGCAAGGUGAGAGGCAGCUAUCUAUCUAUCUAUCUAUCUAUCUAUCUAUCUAUCUAUCUAUCUAUCUAUCUAUCUAUCUAUCUAUCUAUCUAUCUAUCUAUCUAUCUAUCUAUCUAUCUAUCUAUCUAUCUAUCUAUCUAUCUAUUUCUCUAUAUCUGUAUAGAGAGAUAUAGAUAUAUAGAUAUAGAUGCCUGGGUCUCUUUCCUUACACUUAACUCACUUGUAAAACUCCUUGUUCCAGAAUUAUAUAACCCCUUAUCUCAAUAAAACAGUCUUGUUUCCUCCCAGUGCUAUGAGGUACCAGGAGUAAAGAUCCUGACCUACAACGGGCCUAUUUACUAUGGCAACCGCAGCUUCUUCAGAGAGGAGAUGAGCCGGCUACUGGGCCUGACGCCAGAGAAGAUCCGCAGUCGCGAGAAGGCCAGAAAAGCCCUGGAGAAACGGGAGAGGGAGACCACUGUCAACACUGUGGUACAGUUCCAGCUUUUUACCAAACGAGCUGAGUUACAACAAGCCCUUCACAGAGUAAUGUCCAGUUUUAUAUCAAUGUCUUGUUUUUUUCUUUCUUUUUUAGGAAAGAGGCAUCGCAAACACAUCGUUUUCUUCAGAGAAUGAGUUUUUCAAAUCUGGUGCGUAUAAUAAUGUGUGUGUUAUUUCAUGUGUUACAGUAAUACUGAUUAAGAACAUAUUGUAAAAAAACAUACUGUGUUUUUUUUAGAUUUUCUUAUUUUCAUCAUGUCCUUCAGGUAAUAUUAGUCAAUUCUGUUCUCUUUGCUAUAGAAACCUCUGAGAGUGACGUUCAGGCAGUGUUAAUCGAUUGCAGCAGUGUUAUAUUUGUGGAUGUUGCUGGAGCAAGACUCUUUACACAGGUAAGUCAUAAUAUUGUGAAUAUGACUCUUCUUUUCCUCUAUGCAUCAUUUUCAUGUGACCAACUACUCUGUGCUUUCUGCAGAUGUGUACUGAAUGCCAGAAGGCUGGAGUUAAUGUAUAUCUGGCCAACUGCAAUGGUAAAGACAUUUAAAAACUUUUUUCAAAAUCUGUCUGUGCUUUAUUUUCUGUUUGAAACUCUUUUUGGAGAGUGGAUUUUUUAACUGUUUUAGAAUUAUUUUGCGGACACUGAUCAAUGACCUCUAUCCUUUCAGAAAGCGUCUUAAAGAUCCUCACAUCCAGUGGUCUAAUGAACUUCAUGAACCCUCAGCACAUAUUCAUCACAGUUCAUGAUGCAGUGAUGUAUAUUCAGCAGCAGAAGGUGAGCUAAAAAAACCACAGUCUUUCACAAAAGACACAUUUAUUUGAUCUGUGUUGAGCUCGUUCUUAUUCAAUCAUGAUGUUGUAGGAAAAACCUCUGGAGAACAGCACCACAGUCUGGGUAUGAGACAGGAGGGCAUCAGACAGGUGUCCAGGACCAGUACAGGUGGAGAACAUGUAUUUUUGUUACAUGAGAAGAGGCGAUGUCUCAGCACAGCAACUCUCCAGCCUUUGGUCCAAACUGUACUGUAAAGCAGCAUCCAAAGAAGCAGUAGCCUGCUGUAGCAUUUACAUUUAAUUACAGUGGUAACAGUUUUUCAGACCUGUUGGACUUCCAUAAAAUUCAGAAGCAGAUCAUUCAAAGACAUAAACUACAUUUAAGUGUGAUAAAUCUGUUAAACAAGUCUUAUUUUUGGCUUUAAAAUGUGUAUGAAAAAAAACAAAUUAUUGUGAUAAUCAAUUGUUCAGUUUUUUUUUUGUUGUUGUUGUCAUAUAUGCUGGAAUAUUACAAUAGUAAUAUUUAUUUAGUUUCUGUUUGCAAUACAGAUACAUUUAAGGUGCACUGAAUAGUUUUGUAAAAUACUUUGUGUAUUUAUAUCUUUGAAAAUGUACUUAAUGUGUAACUGUGUGAGUAAAUGCCAUUACAUUAUGUCUUAUAUAGAUUAUUUUGUAAAGAGAGACUGCACAAACUGUUUUAUAAUGACUUUUAUAAUUGUCAGGAACUGAACUGUCAUGGCGCAGAUGUUUUGACAAUAAAUAUGUCUCCAAAUGCAAAAA